GAUUUUCUCCCUGUCUCGAAAGCCCAGCAGAGGCACCCACUGCACCGCCGGUGCGCCCGCCCCGAGCAGAAGCUCUGCCAGCCCCCAUCCCGCUGCACCCGUCCCUGCAACUCACCAACUACUCCUUCCUCCAGGCUGUGAACACCUUCCCCGCAGCUGUGGACCAGUUGCAAGGUCUGUACGGACUCAGCGCCGUGCAAACCAUGCACAUGAACCACUGGACAUUGGGCUACCCCAAUGUGCAUGAAAUCACCCGCUCCACCAUCACGGAGAUGGCAGCCGCCCAGGGCCUAGUGGACUCCCGCUUCCCUUUCCCCGCGCUCCCCUUCGCUACGCACCUCUUCCACCCCAAGCAAGGGGCCAUCGCCCACGUCCUCCCAGCCUUGCACAAGGACAGGCCCCGCUUUGACUUUGCCAACCUGGCUGUGGCCGCUACGCAGGAGGACCCCCCCAAGGUGGGGGAGCUCGCCAAGCUGAGCCCCGGACUGGCCUCGCCCCUGUCGGGCAUCAGCAAGCUGUCCCCGGACAGGAAGCCCUCCCGCGGCCGCCUGCCCUCCAAGACGAAAAAGGAGUUCAUCUGCAAGUUCUGCGGCAGGCACUUCACCAAGUCCUACAACCUCCUCAUCCACGAGCGGACCCACACGGAC